UUUUUAAUAAUAUCUCCAAAUUAUAUAUCAUGAGAACAUAUGAUGUUUGUCCAUGUUUUGCUCAUAUGCUUGUGAAUAGUUCCAUGUGAUUUUAUUCUUCAAUAGGUAAAAAAUGGUGUUUUUGGAUAUUGAGAUGAGAGGGAAUGUGAUUGUCCCGCCUGAUCAACUCGACCCCAAAGGUCUCUUACUUCGCAAAGGUAUAAUCCUCCGCCUCCUCGAGGACAUUGCUGCCAGGAAAGCAUCAAAAGAGCACGGCUACUACAUCGCAGUCACGGCUUUAAACUCCGUCGCCGAAGGCCGUGUUGAUGAGCUCACGGGCAGUGUCAACUUCCCCGUCUCCUAUGCCUGCAUCGCCCUCAAGCCCUGCAAGGGUGAGAUCCUCGUCGGAAUCGUCGAUAAGGUUCUGAGGCACGGCGUAUUUUUGAAAUCGGGACCGAUCGAGAAUAUUUUUCUCUCCGAGAAGAUGAUGGAAGAUUACAAGUUUGUCAUGGGCGUAGAAUCGAUGUUUGUGAAUGAUAAGCAGCAGUCGAAGAUGGAGAUUGGCUCGAGGGUGAGGUUCAAAGUUCUUGGGAUCAAGUGGAUGGAAUGGGAUAGAGGGUUUCAGAUGCUUGCCACUCUUGCAGGUGAUUUCCUUGGACCUGUCUAAGGUUUCAGAUGAGUUGUUUCUUUCUUAGAGUUUUUAUUAAUUUGCAUACACAGCACUCCAAACAUUGCUAUUUACAAAAUUAGCAUCCAAAUGAUUAUUUCGAGCUACCAAAUCCAUGUAUUUAUGCACGCCACGAUCAAACCAUUGACAAUUUGAUAAGGAUGAACAGACGGGUUGAGAUGUUAUGAUGAAUUUUGAUAUUUGAAAAGUAAAUGAAAGAGGGUGUUAGAUUUGUAAAUAGCAAUGUUUGGAGUGCUAUGUAUGUAUGUAUUUUUUUUUAAUUUGACAGACAAAAAUAAGCAGUAGUUGCUUGCUUAUGAUUCUCAAUAUUUACAUGAAUUUGAGACUUUACUAUUAA